ACCGUUACGUAUAAAACGGCAAUAAAAUUAAAAAAAAAAAACAACAAAUAAUAAAAUAAUGAUUUCACGGAAAAGAAUUGUGUAUCUAUAAUAGAUUUUCCUUCCUCCUUUUUUUUAGUGUAGUAGUCUGCUAUAUCUUUCAACUUUUAUUCAUUGCUCGCUGCUUUUCUUUGUUGAUUCGUUCGCUUAAAGAAAACGAUUUUUAUGAAAAUUCUUGUUGCGUGUUUAGCUAAAAGCUAUUUUUAAAUCUUGAAAAAAAAAAAUAAUACAAAGAAGAAAAACCAAAAAAAAAAAAAAAAAAUAAAAUAAAAACCUCUAAAAAGAACCAAAGAAGGAAGAUAGAUCUCAGUGAAAAAGAGAACAAGAAGAAGAAGAAAUAAAAAUAAAGUUUAAAACAAAUGUAUGGUGGUGGCUUUUAAAAUCGUCCAUUGGGUGUGAUGCAUUUAAACAAAUAAUUCCGACUAAAAUACAUUAAAAGAACGACAAAGGCACACUCACACACAAACACACACUCGGGCAUACGAAACAACGAGCAAACUACAACAGGCAGCCAUCGUCCAUCCAUCCAUUCAAUCGUCCAAGCAACAAGCAUCGAUUUCUCCCUUCCGUGUGUACAAAUACUAUAUAAAAAAAUCUGGCAGACAAAUCGACCUACCGACAGACAGACAGAUAGUCAGCCAGGCCAAUAGACAGACUUCUGCUGAUCGCUGUGCACAUCAGAUAUUACGAGAAGUAAUUGAACUCAAAUCGCCACAAAAAAAAAACGAUGAUACAUGCGCUAUAUAUGUAGAUAAACAUAAUUUCAGCAUUAGGCUAAAGGCACAAAAAUGGUUAUAGGCAAUCAAGACACUGGCGGCACUAAUAGUGUCGCCCAUCCAUCGGGUAUUCCACAAGAUAAAAUUGACAAUAUUAUGAGUGGCAUUGCCAAUACGGGCGAUGUAAAGAUGAAUAAUCACAGAAAGAAAUUGAGACAAAGAUUCGAUAUUAUUAAGAAAUUAGGACAGGGUACCUAUGGUAAGGUACAAUUGGGUAUUAACAAAGAGACUGGACAAGAGGUUGCUAUAAAAACCAUUAAAAAAUGCAAAAUAGAAGCUGAAUCUGAUUUAGUGAGAAUACGAAGAGAAGUACAGAUUAUGAGCUCUGUACAGCAUCCUAAUAUAAUACACAUCUAUGAAGUAUUUGAAAAUCGUGAAAAAAUGGUCUUAGUUAUGGAAUUCGCCGCUGGCGGUGAACUAUACGACUAUUUGUCGGAUCGCAAGGUGCUAAACGAGGAAGAAGCACGUCGAAUAUUUCGCCAAGUGGCCACAGCUGUCUACUAUUGUCACAAGCAUAAAAUUUGCCAUAGAGAUUUAAAAUUGGAAAAUAUUCUGCUGGAUGAACAUGGCAAUGCUAAGAUAGCCGAUUUUGGUCUUUCAAAUGUAUUCGAUGAUCAACGAUUGCUGGCCACAUUUUGUGGUUCUCCUUUAUACGCCUCGCCAGAAAUCGUUGAAGGAAAUCCCUAUCAUGGGCCCGAAGUUGAUUGUUGGUCUCUUGGUGUCCUCCUCUAUACUCUAGUCUAUGGUUCUAUGCCUUUCGAUGGUUCAAAUUUCAAAAGACUGGUGAAACAAAUUAGCCAAGGCGAUUAUUACGAACCAAAACAGCCCUCGCGAGCUUCCUCCUUAAUUCGUGAGAUGUUAACAGUGUGUCCCCGCAAACGUGCCACAAUCGAACAAAUCUGCUCCCACUGGUGGGUGAAUGAAAACGACAAUGUUUCCUGUCUAGAACUGGCGGAAGAUUUGGCCAAUCAAACACCGGUGCGAUUGGAUGUUUUACUUUCGCUUACACCAGCUGCCAUAACAGCAGAUCAGUUGGUAGUGCCUUCAGCUGAUGCCGCCGGUGCAGCUGGUAAAGGGGCAGGAGCUAUACCGCGUAGUCAUUCGGUGGGUUCGAUACGUGAAAUUGGACCAGCCAAUACAACAACAGAAGCCGAAAGGAGAAUUCUGGAUAUGGUAGCUGCUGGUGGUGAGGCAGCGCUCAUGCCUUCUCCCACACGUACCAUUACACCUGCACAAAGUCCAAUACAAAGCAAACGCAAACUUGAAAAUACAGUAUCAACAGAAAACGCCACGGGUGUGGCCCUCAAAAAGAAAGAGAAACCGGGCAGUACACAUGCCAUGGCCGAGCAGUCAUCAACAAUAGUUGAGGAGGAACCUACUCCCAUGGAGACCGAAGAGAUAGAAGAAGCGCGGAACAAGGAAACAGUUACCACAAACUCCUCGAACAUUAAACCGAAUGCCUCACGCAAUUUUUCAGUCAAGGACAUGCAGGCUAUUGGUGACUUGUGCGAACAGUUAAUACAAGAGAAACCACCAUCUAGUGUGGCAGCAGCAGCGGCUCCUGUGGCGACGGAACGUUUCUCUCCCGAAAAGGAAUUAGUGCGACAACUGACCAGCACAAAACUGGAUGCCAGCGAGGAUGUGCCCGAAAAGACCAAGGGUGCCACCAAAGUCAUUAAGAAAUUUGUCAACAAACACAAAACCGCUGACUUGGUUAAUGUUAUCGGCAAAAUUGAUGCCGAAGAAAGUGCCAAAUCUCCCGAAACCAGCUCGGUCAAACCUUCGAAACCCACAACAGGCACCACAGCAACGACGGAAGCGCCCGGCACCAAGCCUUUUGUGCGCAAAUGUAGUUUACAGGACGAAUCUCCCCUCAACAAAUUCAGUUCGGAGCGUAGAAAGUCUCGCAUACUUGAGACCGCUGAGAAAUUCCAACAAAUGAAUGCAGCAGUUGGUGCGGCUGCCGACAAACCCAAGAAAUUGGUUAUACCCGGAGUCAGUGUGGGCAGUUAUAAAAAGGAAUAUGAACGUAAGGCUUCCACAGGUGGUGCAGCGCCUGGUCAACAGCUCACCGCUGGAGAACGUCGUGCACUUGAAGAAGUUGCUGCGGCAGCUGCUGCGGCUGCCGAAAACGCCGAAUCUGCUGGCAUCUCUGAAGAUAUGACGGCGGAGUCAAAUGUUGAAGCCAGUGACUCCAAGGCUUCGGUCUCAUCAUUCUCUUUGGAGGAUGCCCGCAAGUCUAUGGAAAAUUCAAUAGCCUUGAUACGACAAGCUCAAUCGGAAUCAUCGAAUGAUGUCAAUCAAUUAUGUGCCAAACCGGAAGCAAUGACCAGCGAGUCACCCCAACAGUUUGUAGGUGGUACUGCUGCACCAGCGGUCGAGCGAGAACAAAAACUCAAGAAUGCACGCACAAUCAUUGGAAAUGCUAUACAGCCAGUUUUGCGCCACAGGCCACAGCCAACACAGCCAUUAGCAUCUUCUUCAUCGUAUUUCGGCAACGGCGGCGGGGGCUAUGAUCAAAUGCGUGCUAUCAGUGGGAGUUUUCUAGGGCCUGGUAGUCAUUUUAGCAGAUCUACGGCCGAUGCUAGAGGCGGCCUCUAUAAGAAUAGCGAACCACAAGCCACCUUUAUGCGUAAGCAGACACAGCCUUCACUGUCCGUCCAUCAUAGCACAACACUGCCAGCAAAUGCAAACGCUUCUGCCCUCGCCGCUGCAAGGCAAACCCUAAUGGGGCGUUUAGCUGCUGGCGGUAUUGGCAGUUUCCCACCUGCGACCAACUCCACAUUAUCAUCGAUAGGACAUGAACAGCAAAUGAAAUCAAUACAUAGCAUGCAUCAUGCACCUUCAUCUUCAUUUUAUGCAUCUUCAUCGCCAUCAUCAUUACCGUCCUAUACUACUGCCACACAACCACACCAACAAUACCCACUGGUGGCGACGCCAUUUGGCCCAGCAGCCACCGCCACCAAUGCCACCGCCACAACCACCAAUCCAAAUGCCAAAGCCGUCUCCAACAAAACCACCAAAAACAAUACCACCUCCACAAUCACCUCGAACUCCUCGAACUCGAAUGUCAUAAAUACAAACAGUACGCCAAAACCGUUCUAUAACGCAUCUCCGCCGUCAUUGUGGAAAACAUCAGCUUCGGCUUCCCAAGGUAUGUGUGAUAAUCUCUCGAAUGCAGCUCCCGCCGGUACCAUGAAAACCUCAACAGCCUCCAUUACUCUCAAAUCGGCUACCCUACCUCGCCGCAAACCUGGCAGAUCGGAAAUUCAAUUGGAUAUUAAGGCUCCAAUUGUUGAACAGCCAGCCAUGCGUUUCACCACAGAAAUGCAACAUCCAAUCGCUGAUUUACGCAGUGCUCCACCACGUGAAGGUCCAGUUCCUUAUAGUCCCAUUAAAAAUUUGGCUAGUGCUCGUGCCUCUAGCUUAGAACCCAAAGAACACAUUAUACACAUACAAAAACCUCCAUCCACCUACAUGCGCACAACUUCCAACGCCACCACAAGGUCUGGAUCUCUAUCACGUCAAUCGACCAAUGAUUCAGAAUCGGACACCACUAAUAUGUCACAGUCGACCAUAACCGGCUCGUCACAACCCAUCAAGAAGAGUCCACGUGAAUUCAUAAUACCCAUUGCCGUUGAGGGUGGUGGUUUUAUAACACCCCGUGAGGGUAGCAUAGAACCCUCUGAUUCGGGACACACAGCAGCUACUAGCACUUCGAGCAGAUCGACAUUUACACGACUACGGCCAACGCAUCGUAUUGGUUCACUUCUAAGCGAGAGUGGAGUUGAUGAUAGUUCGCCAUUCCAAAAAUUGCGUACCUCAUCCUCUAAUCGCGAUGCUGAUGAUGAUUCACGCUUUACGCUGCACAAACUGAGGAGUUCUCGGCCUGUAAAAAAAUUGAGUCAAGACAAUGAUUCACAAAGUUCUGGCGAAGAGGAUGAUGAUGAUGGUUUCGAAAUUUUAACGGCCGAAAAUCUAUUCUCCACACUUUUACAACGUGUACGUGCAUUGACAAAUCGUAUGAACGUUAACAAUGAUAUUACCUCCGGUUUUCCAAGCUCAAGUCGUCUUUUAAAUAAUAUGAGACAAGCGCAAAGUCCUUUCUGGAAUCAGGAUCCAUUUGGCAGGUCUAAUAGUUUGGAACCCCCCAUUCGGAGUAGGAAUUCAAAUGCUAGUUUCUUCUGUCGCUUAUGUAGAUUUUUGCUUUGCCUUAAACCAAACAGUUGUUGCCUCCGACUUAAUACCGCUGCCAAUAGCAUGGGUGUACCCUGGCGUCACAGUAUGUCUCGCGAUUUAGGCAGUGACAUGGAAUCCAUGUUCUCACGCACCGGCGCAACACUGCCAAGAGGAAAAUCGGCAAACUCAGAGAAAAAGUCAAAGUCGAUGGACGAAGGAGGAGCACAAGUUCCCGAUGAACCUUUGGAUUUGGCUGAUUUGGAUUUGUCACGUCUGCGUUUAAGCAAAACGGAUUUGGAAACUCUGUCCAGCAUAGCACCAGGCUUGCCGAAAUGCUUUCAGGAACAGUUGCUGGCCAAAUUACCACCCACACAGGCAAGAAAACUGUCUCGAACUCUAAGUGUACAAACGGGUCAAAAUCCACCACCUUCUGCACGCAUAUACAAACGUAGUCAAAGUAGCGGCAGACCUGGUUCCACGUUACCCAUAGCCAAAACGGAGGAAGUCACGCAAGCAACUCAAAGUAAAGAAAAGUCUGAAUCGGAAGAGAAAUCUUCAAGUCGCAGUGUAAAUGGUCUAAGAAAUGAUUACGAAAGCAAAGAACCGGGAGACAAGGAGAAGGAUACCUGUUCCUUGUACAGCACUGAAGUGAAUGAGAAAUACAAGUACUAUUCGCCUUAUGUGAAUAAGGGGGGCAAGGAGAAUGGUGCCGGCGCCUCUUUGGCCAAUGGUGGUCCAAAACUGGCAGCUAACUCUGAAAUUCCCACGUCUCUGGGCCGGCCACCAAGUGGUCGUCUUUCACCUUCGGCAUCCACCGAAAGCACUGGCGCAGUGGCCAAACGACCUUCGCAAAGACGCAUUUCCCGCCUGCUGCGUCCCGAUUUCUUGGACCAGCCCCUGGAAGAAUCUCCAGCGGAGUUGGCCAAUGCUACUUCCCCUGCAGAGGAUGCUCUGAAGACUCCUACACCCAGCACAGAGAAUAUUGAGACUGUCACCAAAUUGAAGCAGACCCGUCAUGCACGCAACAAAAGUCUGGAUGUAUUUUCCGAACGUCUAGAUGCAGCAGGCAGCUCUGCCCAACAAGAUGGUACGCUAAAGAGGAAUCGUCGCAGCUUAUCGCGACCCCGUGAAUUUGAUAAAAGCGAAAAAAUGGCCAAACAUGAAUUGGCCGAUAAAAUACUGCAAGAACUACAACUUCUGUCCUCCAUGCGUUCACAGCAGCAAGAACAUUUGGGCGAGGAGGAGAGCAGUGGUACCACAACCGAACCCACUUUAGUCGAGCAGAAGGAAAAAUCUGCUACUUCAACUUUGAAGAAAGUAAAGAAGGUUAAACCGAAGGAAAAAUCAACGGAGUCGUCUACCGAUGCAGAUACCACGGUGAAGGCUACAACGACGGUUAUCAAGAAGGUUAAGAAAAUCGUGGUGAAAAAAUCUACAGAGACAGUAAAGACUCCCACCAGUGAGAACAUUCCAGCACCAAUAGCCGGCGGCGGUGAUCUUAACGCGGCCAAAUCCUUUGCAACGGGUGAGGGUUAUUCUCCCAGCAAAACGGUGUCCAAACUGAAACGACCAAAAUCCUAUCCCACUAAGGAGUUGGGUUCAGAGAACUCUGGUAACUCAGGCGAAAUGUGUGGCCCCCUGACAAUGGCAUCAAGUGGUAAAAUUGCCAGUAUCUCUCAGCAAGCCACAAUUCCGGAGAUGCAAGGUGAAAUAACUGCGAACUCCAAUGAGCAGGAUGUAGCCAAUGCUGCAGCUAGCAGCACAGCAAGAGAGAGCCGUUUGUUAAGGCCCAAAAGUUAUCCAACCUCAAAAUUAAUGGCACCUAAAGAGCUAAAGAAGACCACACGUCCCCGUCUGACAGGCGAGACUGUCCCCAGCUCCGCCACCAUUGAGGAGGGAGCACCCAAUAUGGAGCUUAAAACCAGCACUUCAUCUCCUUCUACUGCCAACGAAAACUUCCCGGAAACAAAACUCUUAAUCAAUGAGGCGAGCUCUGCUACUACUGCUCCCUCAGUAAAAAAGACAGUUAAAGUGGUUAAAAAAUCCAAACUCUCUCCACCCACAGCUAUCAGCAACACGAGCUCAACAAGCAAUACCAACUCAAGUGUGGGCGAUGACUCCAAAGAAUCUAGUCCAGCCACAAAUGGUGCAGUGACAGCAGCAACCAAAGAAAAACCGCUGGAAAAGAAACCCAACAAGGGUCUGCUCUAUGCCAUUGGCCAAAAAUUCGAAAAAUUCAGGGCCUCGGCCACCAGCAACUCCUGUGCCAAUAUACCCUCACAAAAGAAACCUAUAGCCGAUGGCAGUGCCACAGCAGCCACCUCGCCCGAGAAGACAAGCGGAGGUAAAUUAUCUUUUGUUAAGAAAACCAAAUCAUUGGGAAGUUCUGUCUCCAAGAAGUCGAACAGUGUGCCAGCAGCCUCAGGUGAAGGUGACGGCGGUAAUGCCUCGGAGCGCAAGGAUGGCAGCAAGGGAUCCUCUGAGACCAAGCCCGCGAAGGGAGACAAGCGCUCACGCAUUGAUGCCAUGAUACGCAAUCUCCGAGAACUUUCGGUGCCACGCUCCCAGCCCAUCAUACCCUCAGAAUCAAAUUAUAUCAAGAGGGCGGUGAGUGUGGAGGAUAUGCCGGGCACCUUCAACCGCAAGUCAGUCAAUAGAGUUUUGGGUCUUUUCAAGCGCUAUGAGAAGGACAACUCUGCCGGCAAUCGGGUGAGGAAUGUACGCUCCGCCAGUAAUAUUCAACGCCAGAUUGGCGACUCAGUGGAUGCCUCGCCAAUCUAUCAAAAUGCCGAUGCCAUUCUCUCGAUGAAAGAGCAAUCCAAGCAAUUCGCCCAAAGAAUGCCUACCGAAAGAAGCCGCAGUGGCAAAUCUCUUGCCCCUGCUGGCGGCAGUUGCAAUUGCGAUUUGAAGACCCCAGCUGCUGAGGUGCCCGACAAUUGCCCUGAAUGCAUAGCGGCCACGGGAAAAUCUAAAACUCUGCAGCCAUCCUUAAGCACUGACUCCAAAACCCUGCAGCAACAGGGAAAUAAGGAUAGGCGAAAAGGUCUCAUGCUGGAGCUUACAAAAACCGACAAGGCCAUGGAGAAUAGCAGCGGUGCGGCUCGCAGUACCAGCAGCAGCACCAAGAAGUAUUCCUACAUCAAUGACAACGAAAUCUACUCGAAUCUUCCACCCUAUCCUAGAUCGUCGACGACAACAACUGCACGCAGCUCCUCCAGCAGUAGCACGGCGGCUGCCGGAGGUGGCGGCGUCGGUGUCGGCCUAAGCAAUCAACAUGCCGAUAAUUUGGCCAAUAAUAACAAUAAUAAUAACCAUUUACCUCUAGGCUACAACAACAAUAGCUCGUCUGGUUAUCGCUCAGGCCUAUCCUCAUUGCACGAAAUCAAUCAGAACAAUAAUUUAAUGUCACCCUCCUUUGACAAUAUAGCCAAUUACUCAUCGGAUUCCAGAAGUUAUCAAGAAGACUGCGCCUCCACCACUUCAACAUUUCGUUCGCCCACAGAGGAGCCGGAAUUGUAUUUUGACAAUUGGUCGGUGUGUUCCGAGGACAACUAUCGCAUGUAUGGAGCAACUCCUUCGCCCACAGUUUCGCGUCUCUCACGCACAUCAAUGCUGUCAUCGCCCACACGUCGUGCCAGCGCCGUUGAUGGCAGUGAAAGUUCCGAUCCCAAUGAGAGCAUUGUGGAUCGCAUAAGGCGACGCAGUUUCUAUUGUCGCUUCAAUGAGAAGAAACCCAAGCGUACCAGCAGCAUAGUGGGUCCCAAUGCUGUGCGUGAAUACUAUCGCGAACAGUCGGCCACGAAGACCAGAUCUUCCAAUAAAAUCUAUCCCGAAGAGAGAGCUCGUUCUCCGGACAUUACUCAAGAAUUCUUCCGGCCACUAAAACUAAGCCCCAUAGGCACAGAUCUUAAGCCACCAGUCUACAAAUCGCCAUACACUAGUCAUGGCAGCAAUCAUGAUUAUUCCUCCUCAUCGCUGACACCGGCAAGACCCAGAAAAAGCCUCAAUGAUAUACGGGGACCCACAUCGCCCUCGGGUACCUUGGCGGAACGUCGCUAUGGGUCCUAUGCCACAGCAGAUAGUGAUGUGCUCGGCCAUAGUUCGCUACUCUCAUCACGAUACAAGAGUAUGGCGGGCGAUGAUAGCAGCAGUAAAGUUGCCACUUCCAGCACCCACACCCCGAAUGCCUAUUACAAUACAUAUAAUCCCAAGAGACGUUUCUCCUACAACAUGAAUGGCAUUAUCCCACCUAGUAGUGCGGGCGGUUUGAGCAGCUCCACCGGUGGUCAUAUCGAGGGAUAUGCCACCAUGGGUCGGAGACCAAUACGCGCCUAUGAUCAUCGUACUAUGUCUCUCUUAGAGCCAUCAAGUUCUAGUAGUUAUCGACAUGAAUCGAAUACACCCGUACGAGAUUACACCACAAGUUUAUCGAGAUCGAAUUCUCGCUAUCGCACCGAAUCCACUUCACGCAGUCCCACAAACAUUUGAUGUACCACCCCGCAAAAUGGCUUUUGCAUAUUCUGCUAUUAUGCCCAAGAAAGGAAACGACUCAGCAAUCAUCCCAGCUCAUCUUCAGCAUCCUCCAAGGGUAGUUCCAGUAAAAAACCAGCCCCCUCAUCAUCAUCUUGCUCGACGACUGGCUCUAGAAAACAGCAACACAAACGUAGAUUUUAAGCACUAGAUUUAAAACUCGCUCCCUCGCCCGUAAACCUAAAUGUGAGAAUACAAUCCCCAAUUCCCCAUCCUUCCCUUUCACAAACUCUACUCCCUUCCCCUAUCCUACCCCACUAAACGAAAUGUUGGACUAUUUAGGUUAAAAACGAUCGCAAUAAUAAGUUUUUCUUUCUUUUGUAAUAUCAAUAUUAUUAUUAAUGAUUAAUAAUUAUUACUCAUACAUAUUUACAUAUAUAUAUACAAAUUGCAAUAAUGUUAUACAGAAUGUGGACCCUAAAUUAAAAGUUUUAUUAGACAUGCUAGUAGUGCAUGUUUGGGUUCGGGCAUUCUGAUUUAUUUUAUAGAACUAUCAUGGAUCAUAGUCAUCUCGAAGGUACUUUGCUCUUUCUUUAAUAAGUAAUUCCGAUAUUAUUGUGCCUUCAAUUGUUUUUUUUUAAAUUUUUUUUAUAAUCGUUACGAUUAUCAUCCCCAUCCAUAUCAUCGCAUAUCCUUCAUCUCAAUUAUUUAAGUUAAUUAUUAUGUAAUUUUAGAUGCAAACCAAAAAAAAAAAUGAGGAAGAAGAAAUGAAAUGAUUUAAUGAACGAAGUAAUAACUAUGUUGACGUUAAUGAAUAAAGUACUUAAAUACACAAUUGUAUCAACAAUUAA